AUGCCCUCUAGUAUUGUCAAUAAUUCCCCAAAACGUCGACACUCAUAUAAUAACACUCCCACAAGAAGCAGUUUGAAUACAAUAAAUGAUGAUGAGGCAGAAAAAAGUCUUCGUAGAAAGUCUUUUGCAGAAUCAAUGCGUAGAAGGUCCGGAAAUAUGGCUGUUAUUGGAUCACCUCCAAUAUUAUCAACAGAGAGAAACUCCUUUAAUACACCAUUAAAUCCACCAAGACCAUUAGAAAUUAUAACACCUAUACCAAAAAUACCAGCUGAACAAAUGUCUAUAAAUUACGAGGAAUGGAUGAAGUUGGUUACUGAUAACAAAAUAAAUGCACAAAAUAGUUGGAAGCUUGCUUUGAUAGAUUAUUUUCAUGAAAUGAGUUUAUUAAAAGAUGGAGAUUCUAUAAAUUUCCAGAAAGCGUCAUGUACCUUGGAUGGAUGUGUGAAAAUUUAUACUUCUAGAGUUGAUUCUGUAGCUACUGAAACAGGAAAACUUUUAAAUGGAUUGGCAGAUAGUAGUAAUGAUGAAGAUGAAGAUGAAGCAGAUCCAGAAAAACGUACCAAGAAAAAAAGGAAUAGAAGUGAAUCAACAUUAGUUACAUCAUAUGAUCAAUUAAUAUUAAAAAAAUUCGAUUUAGAAUUUACUGUUGAUCCUCUUUUCAAAAAAACUUCUGCUGAUUUUGAUGAAGGUGGUGCUCAAGGAUUAUUAUUGAAUCACUUGUCAGUUGACAGCGAUGUCAAAAUUAUAUUUGACGCAAGUGAUGCUAUACCAGUUCACAAGAUGGAAGAUGAUAAUAAUAUAGAAGAUAAUUCAAUUCAACUUAUGGAUUUAACAAAAUUACGGACAACAUUUCUUCCAGAUCUUGAAAGCAUAUUCAGCAAGGAUAUAUGCCCAGUGUUAAAAGGCUUCAAUUUUUUUGGAAAUAGUGAAGUAGACUUUGAUUUCUUUUUACGAAAAAUAGGCGAUGACGGUGAUGACGACGAUGAUUGUAUUGAUAGUAGAUUCGAUUUUGUUGAAAAUCAUUAUACAGCAGGUGGAAAUGGUUCAGAAUUGUUUAUGGAUAAUGGUGGUGGGGAUGAAGAAGAUGAUAUUUUCCUGGAUCAAAGUUUCGAAGUUGAUGAUGAACGAUCUGAGCAUCAACAACAACUUUCUGAAAGAGAUUAUCUGAUGGCAAUGUCUAAUAAUGAGAAUGAAUUAUUUUCUUAUUUUGAUUCUGCUUUUUUACGGAAUUGGGCUGGUCCUGAGCAUUGGAAAUUAAAAAGAGCUGCAAAAAAAAAACCUGAAGAUGAAAAUGGUGAAACUAAGGGAGAAAAGAAGAAAAAAGAUCCGUUUUUAAUUGACUUUAUUGAGUCUGAUGACAUUGAUACAAGUAAUAUAUUUGUCGCUGGUAAAAAUACAAUCAUUGACCCUAAAUUAGCUGAAAGGCUGCCGCACCGAAACAUUCUUCCUGAUGAUAUGCAUUUUUCAUCAAAACAACUAUUAAAAUUGUUUCUUAAACCACAGCCUACGGUUAGUUUUUCUCCGAGGUCAAAUAAUAAAAGCGAGGAAAAAGAUUUUGAAAGGGGUGGCACAUUUUUCAACGAUGAUUACGAUGGAACUGACGACGAGUUAGAUUAUGGUGAAAACCUUGUAUCACAGCCAAAAAUAAUUAAACCCGAAUUUGUCAAAUAUUCAAAAAAAGCAAAAAGAGUUGAUGUUAAAAAACUCAAGGAGAAUAUAUGGAAAACUUUAAUACAUUCUAGAAAUUCACUAAAUGCAUCAGAAAAUGAACCAAAUGUUUGUGAUAAUAUCGAGGAAAAUGAAACUUUACCUGUUGUCAAAGAACAAAAACUCUCUGAUGUUGUUCAAAAUUUACAAGGCUUUUAUAAAGAAAAGGCUCUGAGAGAUAUUUCAGUACAAUUCUGUUUUAUUUGCGUGUUACAUUUAGCAAAUGAAAAAAAUCUUGAUAUAUUACCUAUUGGUUAUUUCGUUGAAGAAAAGGAUUUUGCUGUUUCACCAAAACAAAGCGUUGUGUAUAAAUUUGAAUAUUACUCAACAACAACACCAUUUCCUGAGAAUAUUGGUCAUUGUUUAGAUGGUAAUUCGAGUAUAAGAGCUACCACCUAUGUUCAUGAGUUUCUUUAUAAACCUAGCAUAUUACACGUUAAGAAUUGGAUAAAAGAAGAACAACUGCCUGAUAGUAAUUUACUUCUUAAGUUAUUGGAAACAGUUCAACAUCCACCUAUUAAUUUGGAAACAUCGUUAAAAUGUAGAUUUGGUGGAGUGACUAAUUAA